AAACAAUCAGGCCUCAUUUCACUUCACAUUUAUAUGUUUGUCUGGUAAAGAAGGGUUUUAAUUUAGAAGGUGAUAUAACUUUAAAAUACUUCGUAAAUGUUUGUGAAUAGGAUGUGAUUUUAAAUGUUACGUCGGUGCGUCCUCCAUUGUCUUUCGACCAUCUUUCCUGACCACAUGACUACUUUUAAACCAAUGAGAAUUCUAAAACGUGUUGCUUAGCCAAUCAGCAGCUACCAUUGGGUAUCCUGCGGCAGGAACGUUCCUCCCACUAAACGCACUGUUAUUUUGGCGGCUCUGCAGAAAACAUGGCGGAAAAUUUAAACGAUUGCAAGGUAACUUGUAAGGUGUCCUUGGAAGGGCUAGAGUCUCUGUGCCGUGCUGAGAGGCUCCAAUGUAAAGACCUCGGGGUGACCAAGUCAAAUGUGAACGAGUAUGAGGUUGAGUUUCUCUGUGACUAUAAGAAACAGAAGGGCGAGGAGUUUUAUUUUGUGAAGUGGAAAGGGUUUCCAGAGUGUCAAAACACCUGGGAGCCCAAGGGGAAUCUCAAAUGCUCCAAACUGAUAAAGCAGUUCCACCAGGACCUCAAUCAUGAACUGCGUGCCCUCAAGAAACGUAGCAUUCCUAAAAAACUGGACAAGGAACUUUCUCUGACUCUGACUAAGAAAGCCAAACAUCGUCGAAGUUUGCAGCAAUGGCAGGAUCUUGUAAACCAGACUCACACUCAUCCAGGCCGAAUCUUUGUUGAAAACAAAGUGGACUUUGAAUGCCCUCCUAAGAACUUCACCUACAUUGACAACUACAGAGUAGGUCCUGGCAUAAUGAUAAAUGAGGUGGCAGUGGGAUGUGAGUGUAAGAAUUGUGUAGAGGAGCCAUUGAAUGGCUGUUGUCCUGGGGCCUCCUCACAUCGCAUGGCGUACACUGAUAAGGGACAAGUUCGAUUGAAGGCGGGGCAACCCAUAUAUGAGUGCAAUUCCCGAUGCAGUUGUGGCCCCGAUUGCCUCAACAGAGUGGUGCAGAAAGGCAUACAGUUUGAUUUGUGCAUCUUUAAGACGGAGAACGGCCGAGGUUGGGGCGUCAAAACACUGCAGCACAUCAGGAAAAACAUGUUUGUCAUGGAGUACAUAGGAGAGAUUAUCACAUCAGAAGAAGCUGAGCGCAGAGGUCAAAUAUAUGAUAAACAAGGAUCUACCUACCUGUUUGACCUGGACUACAUUGAGGAUGUAUACACAGUGGACGCUGCCUACCAUGGCAACGUCUCCCACUUUGUCAACCACAGCUGCAACCCAAAUCUGCAGGUCUUUAAUGUGUUUGUUAAUAACAUUGACGAAAGACUCCCUAGAAUUGCUUUGUUCUCAACACGGGCCAUUCGAGCAGGAGAGGAGCUCACCUUUGACUACAAAAUGAAAAUUGAUCCAUUUGACACAGAAAGCACCAAAAUGGAUACCAGUUUCAGUCAAGCUGGGCUCCCGUGCUCACCAAAGAAGAGGAUCCGUGUGGAAUGUCGGUGUGGGUCAGACUCCUGUCGAAAGUAUCUCUUCUAACAUCACUCUGGGUAAAUGUGUGGCGAUUUGAAAAUGUCUCUGCUAUAUUUAAAUACAUUUUUAUAUUUUCUUUUACAUUACUUUUUUAAUGACAGAUAAAGUCCUUUAUCAACUUUUAUCCACUUUGGUCUGCAUCUCUCUUAAAUAACACAGUUUAAGGGAAAAUAUAAAAUAACAUUAUUAUUUUUCUAUCCACGUGGAUAAAACAACAGAUGAGCUGCUACAAAUAUAGUAAAUAAUCAGCUGUUUAACUGAGCACCAGAGAUAAAUAUCAUCGUGAUAAGGUUUAUGGGUAAAAGCAUUUUUAUUGGUUGGCAUCAUGCUUUUAAUUAUUUUUAACACAACACCUGGUUCUUAUAUAUGGAGUUCAUCCAUGUCAAACCUCCUUUAGGUUGCAAUAGAUUUUUCUUUCCUUACAUCUUGCCCCGUUUUUACACAAAUCACAAUACGGUCCACAUAAGCUGGCAAGAGCAGCAACGUCCUGCUGCCAUGUGUUGGAUCAGCUUAUCACCUUUAAUGACUAAGAAGAACUUAAACUUAAAAGACAUGGAACUGUGUUGUGUGUUUCCACUGUGGACUGUACAGUUCCCUUAGUCUCUUAGUCUGCUGUGGCUGCUGUCAGCAUCUUUUGUCAUCCGCUCAGACUAGUGGAUCAUGCACAUCUUGUGUUGUCAGUACGUCAAAUCGGUGCUGAAAUGACGAGUGCAGUAACCGGUAAGAUUUUGUUACCUCUAUAAACUAUCAAAAGUUUGAAGCAGCCACCGUCUAGUGAUGUCUGUCCUCAGUGGAAUAAUAACAGUAAGAGCAUUUUGAAGUUUGUUGACUCAGUUUUACUCUCCUCUAUAUUGUCACCACUUUUUGCUCUUUUAUUUAUUGGGAAAUACAAAUCCAACUACAUUUACUUUCCACAGUUGAACUUAAUUUAGUCAUCAAAUACAUGUUCGUUUUUUUCUCAAUAAGGUGUCAUCUAUUAAAAAUGAAUAUAAUACAUGAAUUAUUACUUCAGUGGGUAGAGAUUGCUGUGACACCAAUUCUUUCUGAAAUGAGAAUUGUUUGUGUUGCUGAGGGUUGUAACACAGUUACAGUAAUUUCCCAGCUGCCUUUACGUGUUGAAUUGAGUUGAGAUGUGAAGACUGUACAGACUGUGAACUUAUGCACAUUGUGUUUGUACAUAACCAAAGAUGCAUUCGGUGGAAGCUCAAGCUCUACAGCAAGGGUGCAAACAUACGGCACGUGGGCCACAACCGGCCUUUUUUGAUCAUUUUGAAAAUAAUAUACAAACACUUCAUGUUCAGGAAAUGUUUUGUAAAAUUAUAUUUCACUUAAUAUGAAGUAUUCUAAAGUACUUUUUUUUUGCAUGGAAACAAAGGGGGGAAGAUGGAUAUUUUGUUACUUUUAGGUAAUUAUGUUCUGAUGAUUAUGUUAUGAUUGUACUGGUUCUGGCGCCUGAACCAAAUUGAGAGUGACAACUCUGCUCUCCAGCUUAGAGUAAUGAUUUUGCUCCUCAUUGCUUCACAUCAUUUUACCGGCGUUACACUUGUUCAGUGCUGUGUCUAAUCUGUGAAUUUACUUUUGUAAGUGUUAAAAUUAUCUUUUUGAAAGCCUUGCUGUUUUAUAGUGUAAAUUUACACAUUUUUAGGUGACAGGACUUGUCUUUUAUUGUUGUACUAGAGAGGAAAAACACAAGUGAUGUAAAUAAAUCUUUAUGGAAAUAUUAAAAACUGUACUGGUUGAUGAUUGAUCACAGGGUGACUGCCUCAGAUGGUUUGUAGCAGGGAUUUGUUAGGGUUUACAUGAAGGAUCAGGACAUGAUGAGCCUCAUUGAAGAGACAGGUGGCUGAUGAGACUAAAUCGUGAGUAAGCCAUAACAACCAGAUGGUCUUGGUUGUGUUUGUGUUGACUAUUAGCCUGAUGUACUCUUCAGGAACAGUUUGUGAGAGGAUGGAGAAACCAGAUAUCAUUUUAAAUAGCCAUAUUAACUACAUUUCUUCCUCAAUGAGUGGAGAACUUCUGGUACUCUGGGAAAUAUUAAAUAUAUCACGUGCAGCAUUGUAGUCUUUGUGUAUUUAUGAAAUCAGAGAAUUACUGCAACAUACCUGCCUUGCAUAAGUUGUGUGCGCCCUCUGCAGGACUGUUAGCCAUAUUUUUUGAACAGUUCACAGUUAUUUAUUGUAUGUAGUUUGUUGUAGUUUGCCUUUUAAAGAGUGUGGCUUUUUGUCCAUUUCAGUGGAGGCUAAACAACCAUAGGACAAAUGAAUGUACAACAUUUAACAUUCAAAAAACCCUUCUAAGGCUGAUGUGGUCCAUUUGACACCAGUGAUCUAGAAUAAUACAUUUCAGAGACCUGAAUAUAAAUAAAUGCAGUAGAUGAUGUCCAUUGUUCUUGUCACUUCAGAAAAGGUUUAUUUUUAUUACAAAACAAACAACAAAAAUGUUAAAUGGCCUAAUACAUGCGUAGAAGCAAAGACACACUCUGUCUCUAAUUUGUCUCCAUCACCUCCAUUGGUUACGGCUGAUUUCUGGCUCCUUUGACAUGUUUGACUCUUAAACCUUGACACAGCAAAACUACACACUGAUUCAGACGUUCAUUCAGUCAUAUGCAUCUGUUUUAGGUAUGAUUUUAGUAUAAUUGUCAAAGGUUUGGAUGUAAAGGUUUUACCCAGUGAAACAUUAAGAAUAACUCCACGUCAUAUUUGGAUUGUUUGGAUUCUCCUUAACAAGCUUGGUUAACCUUCAGUGAUCCUAAAGAUCCUAAAAAAAUGAAAAAAAUGAAAAAAAUAAUCACAGCUAUCUGACAAAAUGACUUCAUAUCAAAUAUCAUUGGUUUGAAAACACAUUCAGCUCUUUGUUUUCGUAGGAAAUAAACAGGAAGAAUUUUCAGGAAUGACUAAGUUAAAAGGCAAAACAUGUCUUCAGUAUUUCCGUUCAGUUCUUCCAGGAAAAACGUUGCUUCUUAUAUUUUUCUGCAAACCACUGGAAAUGGUAAAAUAAAACUACAAAGAUGAUUACAUUCAUGGCCUUGACAACUGAGAAAUGCUUACGGGCAUGACACUGGCACCAAAAUGAAAAACAAACUUUCAGAGUAAAUCAUGGCAAAUUGGUUAGCUAUUAAAAAAACACCCUUGCUGGAUGCUAACUUUAUCUGCAUUUCCAUUGCCUCGUCAGCACAAAUGUAUACAUUGGAUACUGGCUUUUUAUUGUAUACUCACUGAGACAAUAAUAGUCUGUGAACAACACUACUGAGAAAACUGUAACUGAACUACUGAACUCAACAAAGGCCACUUUCAGACAGUGAGGUGACUGUUUGUCUUGCCUGCCAACAGCAAACAAGCUUCUUUAGGUCAGCAUGUCUAAGGUGAAGUUGUGGUUUGCAGAAUCAUAUAAUAGCAGCGUUCGAUCCUGUACACUGUCAUAUUCAUUUCCUGUCAUUCAUGUGACCGUCAUUUGACACACACAUUCAUAACUGCCGAAAGCAACACAUUUUGCACGUACACACACACACACACACACACAGCUUUCACAGUUAAAAUAGAAUGUUCAGUUACUCCUCUGAUGCAGCUGAAUGGUUGGUCGGCUGCCAUUAUAAUACACACUAAAAGGUACAGAGGUAACUGUAAAUAUACAAAAGAUAAUCUGUCUGAGGCAAAGAAAAGAAAAGCACUGUCAGGCCUCUGCAGCAUUAGCUUUGAAUCAACACUCUGCUUUAUUUUGAAAAUGGAGAGGCAAGUCAUUUCCUGUAAAAGGAAAACAAUCCCACAAAAAUCCUGGGCUCGGUUCAGAAAAGUCACUUUGACUGCUGUCAGUUUUCCUCCCCGUCUACUGUCCAUGACCGCAGUCCCUCCAGGAUCCGAGGGGAAGAACAAAUCUUGUAAAUGUCACCAGUGUGAGCACAGUGUUGUGUUUCCUCUUUGUGGAUGACUUGGGUGCAUACAUAAUAGACGUUUUCCCACUCCUCUCUGCAUUGGUUUGACAUUUUAUGGAGUAAGGCCAUAAUUUUGAAAACAGAGAUGAGAUUAGAGAUUCUUCCUGGCAGGCUGAGGCCGGGUGAAUUGAAAUUGCCACAACAGAGACGCUCAUAAAUCACACGAGCACGAUUUAGCUCUCACUCUGUUUUUUAACAUUCGCAGACAAAGAAAAGUCUGCUCCAUCUUAACUCCUCUCGAAGUUACCAAUCGAAUAAAGGAAAGGAAGGAGCACAGAUAUUUGAUUGUGCAAACAUGUAAAAGUGGCAGAGUGUGUGUGUCUGCUGCUGCUUGAUCAUUGUCACUUCAUCACUCCCCAUCGACUGACUUCCAUCUGAUGUGAAAAUGACCAGACUCCAGGCAGUGUCAGCUAAGGACGCAUUUGGAAUGUGAAUUAUACUGGAUGACAGUUUUCACAUGUGCUCCCUACACAUCUGGCUGUGAAGGAUCGCAGUUUUAAGGGUCAAAAGUGAAUCAUCAGAAGCUGACGCCACCUUUUGCAAAAAGGAAAUCGUUAUGACUUUGAGCCUGGAGAUGAGAAAGCUAUGCUUUUACUUGAUUUAUAGAAUUUGUAGGUUCAUUUAAGAGGAGUUUGUGGUCUUCAACUGAAGAUCCUGUAACAAUCAGUACUAUGAUCCCAUUUAAAGGUAAAGAGAAGACAAAGCACAGCUUGUGACUCUAAAUGAGUGAAGACUGUGUGAAGCUAAUUGUGCAUUAAAUUAAGUAAAAACUUUGACAUGGUCAGUGCUAGUGCUAGCCAGCUCUGCCUGUAGUGUCAUUUUCCCACAAUGCCGCCUUUACUUUUUGGCCACCGACAGUCUUGUAUCUCAGUAUUUCACACAUUGAAUAAAGUAGUGUAGUCUGCAGCUGCAUGGCUGGGCCAAUUACUGAUGUCACAUACAGGACGUCAGUUUUUCAGGUUUCCGCAGGUUUAGGUUCUAAAGCUGUUUAUAAAUAUCUCAAGCACCGUUCUGCUCUCAGUCUUUAAACGUGUCCUCACACACCACAGCUUAUAAAAUGUGGCACUAACACAGAGAAGGUAGAAAUAUGUGUAAAAACCAAAAGCUUUCUCUUCAAAACAUCAGCCUGAUGUAGACACCGGUGGUUGAAACGCUUCAACAACUUAGAAUCACACGUUCAAGUGUUUGUAAAUCUGGCACAUGCUUAUAUUUAUCAUCAUUAUCACAUUAUCAGUAU